AAAUAAUAUCUUCCAUUUAUCCAUUCACUUUCUCUUCCAUCCUCUGACAAAGCUCUAGCUGCCAGCUGCAACUUCCAGUUAUGGCCGUGAAACGGUCUCCUGUGUUUGUUGUGUUUUCCAACCCAUUUGAUCUUCUGACCAUGUGCGACGGUCGUUUCUUCCUUUCUUUCUCUACCGAUUCAUAGCUUUCUUCCUUUCCUGUCGGCUAUAACUUCGUCUUUUGAAUCGAUUGGAUCAACUACUACACUGGAGUCUCGAAGCUACCAAGCAAAUACACCCGAAAACUCCGUUCUGCAGAACCACACUAAAGCGACAAUAACAACAUGGAGCCCAGCACCGACAGAGUCUCCGUCGUGGUCUCUCCCCCACGUAUCGACCUCACCCUGUUCGAGUCGUUUGACGAAGAAGUGGAGCGCACGGUGGAUGAGAUCCUCUCUGACCCGAGCGUCGAGAGUAACUUUGACGACUACAGUCAUGGAGGUGAUGUGGGUGGAAUGGUGGAUGGAAGUCACGAUGAUGGUUUGGCUGCUGCGGCGCCGGAGGAGCGUUCGGUGAAGCGGUUGAAGAAGCGCCAUCAGACUCGCUCACCGUAUUUUGCUACCGAGUUGAAAGGCAUAAAGAAAGGGCCCGUGGCGAUGAGGAAUAUUACGAGGAUGAGCAGUGCGGAGGCGGAGGAGGAAGAGGACGAGGUGGAAUUGGAAUCGGAAGAGGAUCAGGAACAAGAGGUACACCGACGAGGGCGACGCAACCAGGACAAGCACCAACCCGAGCGAUCGUCCAGCUGCGACAUUAUCGAAGUGCGAAAGAUCCCCGAUAAGAAACCGCAACCCAAAACCCCGGCUCCGGCCAAUGCAGACGAAGACGACUACGUCUUGGAAACCCUGGAGGAAGGCCAGAGGGACAGACUAGUGUCCUUUAUCACCUCGCACUCGUUCGUCACCAACCCCAAAUACCGUGCGAAGCGCAAGAAGUGGCGGCGCUUUGUGUCCGACUUGCGAAAAGAGGCUGGCCUGGCGAAUGUUGAGAAACCGACUAUUCGCCGACUGGAAAAUUAUGUCAAAGGGCUUUGUCGCGAUAUGCAGAAGACUGCCACGACGGAGAGGGAGGCCUCGACUAGUGGGGAUGGUGGACGGGAGAAGUCGUCGAAGAGGUCGAAGGAAAAGCGACGUCGGGAAGACGAACAUUCUAGGGAGAAGGCUAAGAAGGAGGAUAGUCCUAGGAAGAAGGCCAGGAAAGAUGAUGAUCCUGGGAAGAAGGACAAGAAAGACGAUAGCCCCAGGAAGAAAGCCAAGGAAUCGAAAAAGAGCAGCUCAUCUACUCCUGCCGCGGCGGCUGAAAAGCAGAACAAACCUGCGCCCGAAAUCAUCAAUCUGGACAGCGACGACGAACCUGUGGUUGUCUCUGCGAAUUCUUCGUCUCAUUCUCCCGACAUCAACGUGGGGUACAGGCCGAUUGUUCGCCGUGCCGUAUCCCGUCAGCCCACAAGUGAGUCGGUACAUGGGGACGUGAAUGAGGAGCCAGAGGUGCCUUCCAAUGAUGCAGAUCCUGUGAAGAACGAUAAUCCCCCGGAGGCGGUCGCUCCUGCGAAUUUCCAGAUAUACGAAACUAGCAAUGAAGAGAAUACGCCCUCUGCCAGACGUGCGAGCACCCGCUCGUCAGACCAUUCAACCUCCCUGGCCAGCCACAGUCGCCGCAAAGAAGAAGAGCGUGAACUACGAAGGACCCGUCGGAGGAACAAACGCCAGAAGUCAACAAAGUCCAAGAAGUACCGAGACAGUCUUACUAGUCAACGUUCCGAAAUGGAAGGCCGGCAGACCCCUGGUGUCAGCCCCGAGCCACAACCGCUGCUUCGAACGCCGGAAAAGCAGUUGAAUCGCACAGCCCUCCGGCCCGACCCCGAUACCCCUGUCAUGGAAGAUCCUUACUGGGACAUGGAUUUUUAACACCCGAUGAUUCGCUGGAAUUGACCAUCCGCGAUGAGGUGAGGUCUAAAUAUUUUCAUAACAUACGCAUUGGCAACGGGAGCCCGACGAUACCCGCCGCAA